GUCUGUAUCAGAGACAGACAUUAGUAACACAGACAAGAUUCAUAACCUCGCUCUGCUCUUGCACAGAAAUCAAUGAGUCGUGGAAAAUCUGUGAAUACAUCAAAUGAUUUAGGCAUAUCAAUUUUUUUACAUUGAUGUCUCCUUCUGGCAUGUCCAACUCAUAUGUGGGAAUAUAAUGAUGAUGGUAAUCAGUGUGCUAUUCAGAAGCAGAUACCUAUGGCUGAACCGGAAUGUGUAAGAAUCAUGACUGAAACUGCACCAUGCAUUGGAUCAUUCUCUGCUGUUAAGACACUUUGGGAAGUGAGAAUUCAGAAAAUAAAUGAAGAACUACGGAAGGAAAAGGAAUUCAGACAGAGGACUGUAGGCAGACUGAUGCUUGUCUGGGAGGAAAGAAACAGUUUAGCCAAGCUCAAAGAAAAAGUCAUCACUGAAGAUGGAAGGGUUAUACUAAGGAUAGAACAAGAAGAAUGGAAGAUGUUACCUGCUUGCUUACUGAAACUGAACCACCUCCAGGAAUGGCAGCUUCACAGAAUUAGUUUGGUGAAAAUUCCUGAAUUCAUUGGAAGGUUUCAAAAUCUCAUUGUGCUGGAUCUAUCCCGAAAUGCCAUUGAAAAGCUACCUAAAGAGAUUGGCCAGCUGCCUAACCUCCAAGAGCUGCUUCUCAGUUAUAAUAAAAUUAAGUCUGUUCCGAAAGAGCUAAGUAACUGCAUCAGCCUCGGAAGACUGGAACUGGCUGUGAACAGGGAUAUCUGUGACCUUCCACUUCAGCUCAGUGACCUAAAGAAGCUUUACCAUGUAGAUCUGAGUAUGAACCAAUUUACUACCAUCCCUUCAGCUCUCCUGAACAUGCCAAGUCUAGAAUGGUUAGACAUGGGGAGCAACAAACUUCAGCAACUCCCUGAUACGAUUGACAGAAUGGAGAACCUACAUACUUUAUGGCUCCAACGGAAUGAAAUAACCCAUUUACCAGAAACCAUCAGUAAUAUGAAAAAUCUGAGUACUCUUGUCCUCAGCAACAACAAACUCCGGGAUAUUCCUGCUUGCAUGCAACAAAUGACAAAUCUCAGAUUUGUCAACUUCAGAGACAACCCACUGGAGCUGCAAGUAACACUUCCCACAUGCGAGAAUACUGAAGAGGAAGAGGAACGGGAAUUGUUUGGUAUUCAGUUCAUGCAUAUGUAUAUUCAAGAGUCACUCAGCAGAGCAGAAAACCUGGACAACUGCAUACCUGUUGCUUCUGCCACCAUUAAUGAUAAUGAAUAAAAAAUUAAAUAAACUGCCAAACUGAACUUUUGUACUUGGAGGAAAAUAUAAAUUCUACUUCUUCUGAACAGAGAAAACAACAGCAAUAUGGCAGUGUGCAGAGACAAAAAUGCCUUAUGACUUUCACACUGCUAGGCGUCAGCUGGCAUCUUCUUGUGAUUCCAAAAGAAAUUUAAGUUCAAUGCUUUUGUAGGUA